AGAAAAACGCACUUCGUGCUAAAUAUUUGUGGUGUACAAAAUUGUUUCAAAAUAUACGAAACAUUUAAGGUGAUACGUUUUCGAAUUUGUCGAAAAUCUAUACAUUUUCGUUUGUGCGUCGUAGAUCCAAAGCUCCCACAACAUGGCGGACGAAUCACAACCAAACGGAACAGACGUUGUGGACAAGAUGACCGUUGAAGUGGCCGAAAUGGCUUUGGAUGCAAACGAAACACCGAAGGCAGCAGAGCCGGUAAAGACUGGCGAAAAUGAAACGAAUGGAGCAGCGGCAAAGCCAGUAUCUUCAGCGGCCUUUAAAGAACAGUUUAAGGCAUUUUCAAAGUUUGGUGAUACCAAAUCGGAUGGAAAACAUCUAACACUUUCGCAGAGUGAUAAGUGGAUGAAACAAGCGAAGGUUAUUGAUAAGAAGAUAACAACCACCGAUACGGGCAUACAUUUCAAGAAACUAAAAUCGAUGAAAUUAACCUUGGAUGAUUAUAACAAAUUUCUGGAGGAUCUUGCAAAAACGAAGAAAGUCGAGCUGGAGGAAAUUAAGAACAAAAUGGCGAACUGUGGUGCCCCUGGAGUUCAUAACGCCACGCCCGGUAAAGCAGCAGACACGGUGGCUCGCCUUACGGACACUUCCAAAUAUACCGGAUCGCACAAGCAACGGUUCGAUGAAACCGGCAAGGGCAAGGGUAUUGCGGGCCGGAAAGAUCUGGUCGACCAGUCCGGAUACGUGUCCGGUUAUGGGCACAAAAACACAUACGACAAGACACAUUGAGAGGUAGGAGAUGAUGGCGAUGUGCGCAAGAAACUACUCUAGCUGAAACUGAACUUCUCUAGCUGUGCUUCAUACAUAACGUAAAUGUAGCGUAAUUGUGCAUUGUGCGUUAGCGUUUAAGUACAUGUAUUAAACGAUCAAAACUCAGAACCAGGCUCGGUACCAUUUCACAAUGUCUGCAGUGUGCAGGGUAAAUCGGUAAAAACAAAAAAAAAACCUUCGUCCCUGUUGUGUAAACAUGUAUUACAUGAUCAAAAAGAGAGAGAGAAUCACAAUCUUACCAUCCUAAGCAAUUUUUCGUUACACGGUUUGUUAUUGAAAGUUGUUUUAGUUACAUUUUUGCAAAGUACAGUUGUUUGAUGUUUGUGUGAUAUUCUUACUUUCAUCAGCUACAUAAUGUUAUGUCUAGUCCUUAAACGUAUAUUCAUUAGUGUAAGCUAAAAAUAUUAUACGUGCAUUUGUAUCGAAUCGGGCAGCAGGCAGAUUGAGAAAAUUUCUAAACCAACAAAAUCUAAUUUAAAACUCGAGUGGUUCUGUGAAAGUCGUUCCAAGUCAGAUUGACCAUUUUUAUCAGUAAUAUACUGUAUCAUUUGUAAUACACAAGAAUCUUUGAAUCUA